GGAGUUGUUACGUCACGCUGCUUGCUUCUCGCCGGCUUUUUGGGGCCCCGGUUGGUACAUCCCGAUGUCCCCCGUUGUCCCCGCGGGACUGAGCGCUAGGUGGCAGCCGGGGCACGGUGUGCGGUGCUGCCGCAGAUGAACUACGUUAUUUUUCCUCCCCUCCGUCGGAAGAGAUGGCUGCUAAUGAAGUCCAAAUAGCGUCCACAGAUUUCAGCUUCAGGGCGACACGACAAUGUCAACCAAAGCCAUGGGCAUAUUCCUCCUGUUUCUUGUUCUCCUGGCAGUACCCCAGGCUGCACCAGAGUCGGACACUGUCACAUGUCGGAAGAUGAAGGGCAAGUGUUCGUUCUUGCUGUGUCCUUUCUUCAAGAGAUCCAGUGGUACCUGCUACAAUGGACUGGCAAAGUGCUGCAGACCCUUUUGGUGACAUUCCGUGGUCUGUGUUGAGCUGGUAGCCUUGGUGGUGUCAUUAGCAGCGACAGCAGUAGCGUAGCAUCGUUCUUCCCUAUGCAGCCAUGCUGUUGUUUGGGGUGCUGCUAUCCCUGGUGCUGGGGAAGGCACUUUGGCAGGAAGCCUCACGUCUGCUCUUCGUCCGUGGAUCCACACCUGGGGAAUCACUGCUCUCCUCAUCCCCUGGAUGCUGCCCCUCUGCCAUCACCAAGGCAGCGUUGAGCUGUGUGCCUGAAAUGGGACAACUCCUCUGUUUUCCAAAGAUGUUUCUUGUUGGGAAUUUCCCACUUGUGUCAAGGGCAGUGCCAUUUGUCCCAUGCGAUGCAGAGGCGCCCCAGCAGACCUCACACACCCAACAUACUGUCCUGUGACAGCUGCCCACAGAGCCUCAAGGGCCACAUCCAAUUUAGGAGGCUCAUGUCUAUUAACCUGCCUUCCUUCUUCAUGCAGUAUUUUCUGAACAGAUGUGUGAAUGUGAAAUAUCACCCUCAUCUUCCUUUCUUCACUGUAGGAUCUCUCUUCUUUUCUUUUAGGCCCUAAAUUUCCUCACAUCCCCUUUUAAAUGUCUUGGCUGAAGGCUUUUAUCUUCCACCUGUCUCAUUCCACAUCAUGGCCAACUCCUAUCUGCCCUCUAUUGUGACCCAGCUGGACGCUGAAGUCUUCUGCUCUCCUGCAAGCUCUGAACAAUAGCUCAGCCUUACAAAGUAGAAGUGAUCUGUGCUCUUUUUCUCUUCUGUAACAUGUAUUCAAAGAGCCUACUCUGCAACUUGUUUGACUUGUGUAAAUACCUAAUAAAGCACGGGUAAUAACGCUA